CCCCUUCCUGGCGGCUGUUACUUGGGAAGGGGAGUGGAGCGUGUUUUCUGUCACCGCGUUGACUGCUUCGUUAAUCAAAUGUCUGCGUUAGAAACAGGAACCUGGGAGAGUCCUGACGUGAGUGGUGUUCAGCCGCUGCCCAGGACCUUCCACACAUCCUCAGCAGCUAUAGGAGACUGUCUGUACGUGUUCGGAGGGGGAGAUAAAGGAGCAGAACCUGUCACAGACCAGCGGCUUCACGUGUUUGACACAGCCACCUUGACCUGGUCCCAGCCAGCUACUCAUGGUGACCCCCCCUCUCCUCGGCACGGACACGUUGUGGCUGCAGUCGGGACCAAACUCUUCAUACACGGAGGUCUAGCUGGUGAUAUUUUUUACAAUGAUCUGUUCUGCAUUGAUAUAAAUGACAUGAGAUGGGUUAAGAUACCAGCCACCGGUGAUGUCCCAGGAGGACGGGCAUCCCACUCAUCAGCUGUGUUUAAAGACCACUUGUACAUUUUUGGUGGAAUAGGUCCAGAGGGGACACUAGAUACUACAUACAAGUAUCACACAGAGAAGCAGCAGUGGACGCUCCUACAGUUUGAUUCCCCUCUGCCUGCUGGGAGACUGGACCACGCCAUGUGCGUUGUUCCCUGGCGGGCUGGCAAGAGCGGAGACAUGGGAGCUGUCACCGGGGAAGACAAAGCUGGGAAGGAGGCGACUGUGUCAGCAAGUGACAAAGCUGACCCCCUCCACAACAGCCAGGAUGAGGGGUGCACCGAAGACACAGUCGUCCAUCUACUGUUAGUAUUUGGUGGGAUGGACACACAGGGGGAAAUAUACAGAGACUGUGUUGUCAGUCUGAUCGAAUAGCAGAGCUGCGGUCCUGCACAGCACCAGCCUUUUCUACAGUUUUUAUAGUACUGUCAGAUUACGCUAAUUCUCCUUUCCAAUAAACAAAUUCUUACCCUCAAACAGACGGCACUGUGCUACCGCACCCCUGGGGUACGGGCGCUUUCUCCGUAGGCAGUCCUGCUGGCAGCAGGUACAGCGUUCCCUGGGG